CAAACUGGACUCCGGACAGCCGGCGCCGUUUACUCCGAAGUGAGACCCAAAGUCCACCGGCCAUUACUCCCACGCCAAAGGGCACAGGCUCGCAGCCAAGUUUCCAGACCUAAACUGCAAAUAUCCUCGCCAGCACCGCGCUCCCAAGACCAGGCCUGGGAUGUUUGUUGGCCGGAGAGAUCGUGUAGACACAACCAAGCGGCGUGAAAGCGGAUCAAGCUAGAGAAGCCCAGUGUUCAGGGUUCUCCCGUCUCUCUCGGGGAGAUCCAAGGAGAGGAACUUGAAAGGGGUUUUUUUUGGUGGAUUGCACCUAUUCCAAGCCCGGGCUGUAUAUGUGUGGAUCUUGAAGUCUCCCGACCGACAAGGCGCCGACCUGGAGCUUACGAGGAAGCCGGACCCGUUCACACGACGAGGGAACCCGAGUUUGUGAAAGCCGCGAGCCGAGGAACCCGCCUGUCCUGCCGCUUUUCAGGGUGGAGAGGGGAGCCCAGGAGAACCAGGCGAGGACCUUUUUGGAUGCUCAGAGUGGAAGAGGAAGAGGAAGAAGGGGGGAGGAAGGCCGCUGCAGCCCCCACCCCGGAAAAAAACCAAAACACCCCGGUUGUGGAUCUAAUUUUUUGAAACGCGGGAGGGAGGGUUGGGGUCCAGGUGCGAGAAAACCCGGCCGAAGAAUGCCAAAGAAGAGGACUAGAUAAAAAUUAAAAAUACAACUCCUUCCGAAAGGCUCCCGUCCGGGGCCGCCUGGGCAGCCGGAGCCCCGCGCGCGCGGAGAAUGGUUGCGCGGCCGGGCGCGCGGCGCGGGCAGCGGCGCUUGUCCUCGCUGCGCCUUCGCUGAGUCCGGCGGCGGCGGCGGCGGCGGGAGCGCAGCAUGGAUGGGCGAGACCUCGGCGGGCCCCCGCGCGCCGUCCACCUCCCGCCGCCGCCGCUCCUCUCGGGCCUGGCCAUGGACGGGCACCACCGCGCCGCCGCCGCCGCCGCCCGGCUCGCCCCCUUGGCGGCCGGACUGCCGCCCGCGCCCCUCGGCCCCGCCAAGUACCUCGCCGCCGGACUCAACCUCCAUUCCCACGCGGGAUUCUCCCACCUUCCCAACGGACUGUAUCCCUCAUACAUUCCUCUGAGCCACCUGGAGCCUCACAACAGUGGCAGCCCCUUGCUUGCUCAGCUGGGCCAGCACAGCCUCUUUGAGUCUCCAAAAGAUGGGUUUUAUCUUGGUGGCCACGCAGGGCAGCCCCCCUUGCACCCCCAGGCCCCCCCCUCGAGGACGGCAGCCAGCCAUGGGCCCAGCGCCCUCCACCGCGAGAAGGAGCUUGGGCACCUGCCCAGGGCCUCGAAGGACGGCGCCAGGGACGUCAGCAAGGAGCGGGCAUGCCGGGGCGACGUCCUUCUGGCCGGCCCCAAGAAAGAGGGCAAGGCCCGGGAGGAGCCCAGGCCGCACAGCGUGGUGGACCUCACCCAGGACACCAAGCCCGACAGCGACAGGAAAGUGAGCGGCCCCGACAAAGGUGCCAGGGCCGGGGAGCAGCCGCUGCCCCCCUUCCUGGCUGAGCACGUGCCGAGUCGCGGCACCCACGGCGGAGAACCAAAGUUCAAGAACCCGCUGCAGACCUCCUCGCUCAGCAACUGCAACGGCGGAGGGGACCCUCUGGGGAAAGCGCUGGGCUCGGAGCAGGACCGCUGCGCCAGGGACCCCACGCGGCACGACGAGAACAUGAGGCCUUCCUCGCACUCGGAGCGGCUGCGGAGGGGGGAUUCCGGGGCAGGGGCCGCCGCCUUGCACGUGGCCUGCAGCUGCCCCUCUCCGGGCCAGCCGGGGAAACUGGCCCCCGCUUCCUCCGCCUUCCCCCCGCAGCCGGUCCAUUCCAACAUGUACACCAUCUUCCCUCUGGCCAAGGAGGCCGGCAGGGAGCACAAGGUCAUCGCGCCCACCUUUGUGCCUUCCGUGGAGGCUUACGACGAGCGCAGCGGGCCCAUCCAGAUCGCCUCGCAGGCCCGGGACAACGGUGGCAGCAAGGUGAAGGAGAAGGACCCGCCGGCCGCCCGGGUGGGCGUCCUCCAGGCCUUGCCCGAGAGGUGCCUGGGCGACGGCGCCCGCAGCCUCCUGCCCCCGGACUUUGCGCCUCACGGCGACGCCAAGAGGUUGGAGGUUCUGCGCGAGAAGAGCUCCGUCAUCCGGGCCACCUCCACGGCGCUCAGGAAGCAGGGGCCCCCCGAGACGUUCCUCAGCAGGCCCCGGCUCGGCUCCCCCGAAAGCAGGGGCGACUUCCUCGCCUCCAAAGACUUGCUCAAGCCGGGCUCGGAGUCAGAGCAUCGCUCCUGCGAGCGGGAGCGGUUUCCGCGGCCCACCUGCAAGGACGCAGCAAAGAUCUAUGGCACUUUGGACAGUUCUUCCUCCUCUUCCUCCUCUUCUUUGUCGUCCGCCUCGUCCCGGGGGCAGCACCUCGACCACGGCCAGCCCCCAAAGCCCUCCGAGCAGAAAUGGAAGCCUUUCGACAUGGGCAACUUUGCCACCACGCAGAUGGCGGUCUUGGCGGCACAGCACAACCAGGCCAGCCGGGCGGAGGAGGAAGCCAAGAAGGCGUACCUCGACCCCGGAGGCCUGCAGAGGACCGUGGUGACGGCGACACGGAGCGCGGAAGGCCUCCAUUCUACCUCUCACGGAGAAGGCUCGGCCAUGCAGAGCCUCAUCAAGUACAGCGGCAGCUUUGCCAAGGAGGCGGCGGCGGCUCGGUCGGGCAGCGGCAAGAAGAGCCCCUUUGGCGGUUUGGGGCACAUGAAGGCCGACCCUGCCCUGCAGGCCUCAGCCAGGAUCCAGCAGCUGCUGCCCCACCAGGCCAGCAAACAGCUGAAGAAGGAGCCUGAGCGCCCCGAGAGCGCCAAGUCCUUUGGGCGCGAGAGCAUCGGGUCGCAGGGCGAGGGGGAGGUGCGCCACCUCCCCGUGGGCAUCGCCGUGGCCGUGGCGAGGCAGAAGGACAACAGUGGCGGCAGUGGCAAGGUGGGGCCGGGAUUGGCGGACCGCGAUCGCGCCCUCUCCCUGGGCAACGUCAAAGGACACGGACGCUCCAGUGAGGACUGUGGAGACGACCGCCCACGCCACCGAGACAGCCACCUCCUGGCGAGUCGUCUGGAACGAGACCAGGAGAAGCUCCUCAGAGAAAGCAAAGAGCUGGCUGACUUCGCGCGGAUACAUCCUGCCGCUUGCACUGCGAACGGUUUGAACUCCAACCUCAUGGUGACUGGGGGCCCCCCCUUGACUGGCUCAGGGCGGUGGUCAGCUGACCCCGCGCCCCACCUAGCGACUCACCCGUGGCUGCCCAGGACCAGCAGCUCCUCCAUGUGGUUGGCGGGACAUCCCUACGGUCUCGGCCACCCUUCGUUGCACCAGGGCAUGACUCCCGGCUUCCCCGCUGGCAUGGGGGGAGCGCUCCCUUCCGCCUACCAGUUUGCCAGGGACCCUCAGUCUGGCCAGCUUGUCGUGAUCCCCAGCGAGCACCUGCCGCACUUUGCGGCAGAGCUGAUGGAGCGUGCGCCGCCUCUCUGGCCUGCCAUGUACCCCCCGGUGAGGAGCUCCUUGCAGCACGCGCAGCAGCUCCAGCUCCUCUCUCACCAGCAGCUGAUACGCCAGCACGAGCUGUACAUCUUGCAGCAGCAAGCCGCCCACGCCAUGGAGCUCCACCGCAGCGCCCAGCUGGUGGAGAGGUUAAAAGCGAGUGAGCAGCGGGCAGAGAUGGAGGAGAAGAUGUCCAAGCGGAAUCUGGAGGGCGCCAAGCCCGGCCUCGCCACCUCUGCCUCGGGCCUCCUGCGCCGGAAGCCCCCCGUCCUGUCGCCCAGCACCUCUGCCUCCUACAGCAAGGCCGGAAGCCCCCCUGCCCUGUCCCCAAGGGCAUCCCCUGUGCCCGUCCUCAAGGCAGAGGUGAUCCAGAAGAUGGAGGAGACCCCGCUGCAGCCGGCCUACUCCUACCCUGCCACCCCCAUCUCCCACCCUUCCAGCCCGCCCCCCGCUUCUCCGCCCCCGGCCCCCGCCAUCCCCCCGAAGGAAGAGGAGGAGCCUGAUGGCGCCGAGAAGAAGGAGAUGGAGAAAGAAGCCUCCAGUCCAUACCAGGCUUUGUUCCCAGAGAUUCCUUCGGGAUACCCAUACCAGGCCCUCCCGGCUUCUUUCAGAAGACACUACCCAUACCUCCUCCAGCCAACGGCCGCCUCGGACGCAGAUGGCUUGGCGCCCGAUGUCCCGCUGCCCGCUGGGGACCCCGAGGGCCUGGCCCUUUCCCCGGAGAUCAAGCCCACCCACCUCUCCCCAUCCAAAAUUGUGAAGCCCAUGCGGGCGGAUGAAGAGGAGGAGGGGGAAGAAGAAGAGGAGGAGGAGGAACCUCUGGAAGAACGAGUGAAGACGGAGCUGGAGCUGGACGCAAACCACGAGGGGGACAUCUGCAAGCAGGACGUGGGAGCCCUGGACCUGGCGGCCUCCGUGGCUCGCCCGCUCCAGGACGUGGGUGGCCGAGGGCUCCUCAUGUGCCACGGCAAGGCCUUGAGCAGCUUGAGGCAUGAAGAAGAGGAAGAGGAAGAGGAGGAAGAAGAAGCAGAAGCUCUUCGGGACUGCCAGCCUGUGUACGAAGCGAUGGCCUGUCCUGCAGAUCUGGAGAGCCAAGUGGAGGCUGCGGACGCUGACACCUGCCCCAUCCACGUCGACUACGAAGGCGCGUUGCUGCGCCGGCCGGCCGAGCAGGCGGAGGAGCCAUCGCUGUCCCUGGAGCUGCCUCACAUCCGCUCUCCGCAGGGAAGGGAAUUCCCCGUCCUCGUUCCGGAAGAGGAGCCGCUCCCGGAGAGGCCCUGCUGCGGGAGCGAGCCGGUCUCCUGCCUCGUCUCAGCCCUGGAUAUCAAGCCGGAAGACCCCCUGGCCGGGAUGAAUGCCCUGGUGGCCGCGGCCGAGUUGCCCCAGGUGUGCCCUCUGCUGGUGGGCGACAGCGUUGCCCAAGAGGCGGUGGUGAACCUGGAGGUGUCCUCUAGCCUGUCGCCGGAACACACUUUCCUGCAAGGGAUCACGCUGCUGAGCGAAAUCGCCGAGCUGGAGCUGGAGAAGAGGAGGCAGGAGGCAGAAGGUCUGGAGAGCUUUGCCACCCGCCCGACCCUGGAGAGCCUGCUAGCUGCCAGCACUCAAAUGCUCAUGGAAGUCCUCUCGAACCCCUUCAUGGACAGCUUGAAAAACAUCCGCCUGCCCCGGGAACUGGAUCCCAACAAAAAGUACAGCUGGAUGCAGAAGAAAGACGAACCGAUGCACUCCAUCAAGUCGGCCAUCGAGAACAUGGAUCCCAUGGAGCUGGACUUCAGGAUGAGGCUGGCCGAGCUGCAGAGGAGGUACAAGGAGAAGCAGCGCGAGCUGGUGAAACUGCAGCGGCGGAGAGACUCAGAGGAAAAGCAUGACGAGAAAAGUAGAAGCUUGUCCAGACGAGGCCCAGGAAGGCCCAGGAAGAGGAAGCAUGGACCGAGCGCAGUGCCGCCCCCUAUGGAGAGAGGGAAGAGGGACAGCAGGAGCGGAAAGCUGAGCAAAUCCUUGCUGCUCUCCGAAGACUCUGAGGCUGGCGAAGGAACCAGGAAAAGGCACAGGGGCCUCAUCCUCGAAGAGGACGAUGUGGAGAGCAGGAGCGGGAAGCCGAGAGGACGGAAUCGCAGCUGGGAUGAGCAGGACGUGCUGGCAAACUUCUCCAGCGAGCUGAGGAUUAAGAAGAAGAAGCUGGCGUCUGAGCAGGAGCAGCUGGUGAGCAAGCUUGACAAAGCGCUCUCCCUCGGCAGGCACAGCAAGCUGAAGUCCCCUUUUAAGUAUUCCGACGGCUCGGCGGGGAGGCCGAGAAAUGGCGGCUGUUACGGCGGCAGAUACGCGUCUGCCCACGAGGCCUUGCUGGGCAGGGACGAGAAGAGGAGCUUGGCCGAAACGCUGAGCUACUCCCUGAAAGACCCCAAAGAAGGUAAAAACAAAAUGGCUGCCAAAAUGAAGAAGAUGGAGGUGGGGCUAAAGCUCAAGGGUCACCUGAAGGCAUCCAUUUCACCAGCAAUAUCUGAAGCUAGCAGUUAUUCGUACAAUACAGACUCUGAGGAAGACGAGGGAUCCCUGAAGGACGAGUGGUCUUCUCACGGCUCCAGAACGAGACCCCCCAGCCUGUACGGUGUGGUGCCCCCCAAGAGCGGCCGAAUCGCCGGAGGAGGCCUCAGGGCGGCAGCCAAGAAGGGCAUCUGUGCCGCCAGGACUCUCAAAUCUAAACUGGCCGCCACGGCAAGCAGGAAGCCGCAGUUUUGCUUGUUGCCCGGAGAGGGGUCUUCCUUCAGCGAUUCUUCAGAGGACUCGUUCAAUCAAGCCCCUCUGCCCCCGACCCCUCCCCAUGACGCUUUCCAUGUCUGUGUCGGUCCCUCGCAUUUGUUCUCACGCUCCGCUCAAGAGGCAAAGCGAUUGGCUUGGAGCAGGGCAGGCACUCUGCAGCGAAAGGUCCCUAAACCUUGUUAUGUAGAUUCCAGCUCGGAAGAGGAGGAGGAAGAAGAGGAGGAAGCGGGGGACUAUGGAGUGGGGAACAGCGCCAGGCUUUCGUCCCCCGCCUUGGAUGAGAGCGGCUUGGGGCUUCUGGCCAGGUUUGCGGCCAGCGCCCUCCCCAGCCCCAUCAUCCCACCCUCUCUUUCCAUCGUCCAGCUGGAAGCCAAGCAGAAGGCCAAGAAGAAGGAAGAGAGGCAGAGCUUGAUGGGGACGGAGUUUGAAUACACGGACUCUGAGAGCGAGGUGAAGAUCAGGAAGAAGUCUCCCUCCGGCCUCCUGCGUGGGAAGAAGGGGCUGGCGGAAGCUGGCAGUGCCCCGGGUGCCCAGCCAGGGAGCACGAUGGACGUUACCUCCGCAGGCAGCUUGGAGAGGGCCAAGAUGGCGUCCGAGAAAAGCAGCAGGAAGCUGAAGAAGUUCAAGUCCCCAAAGGACCUGAGCUUCGAGUUCGGGCUGGAGGCGAGCGACGACGACCUCUGGAGCCGCCGGCGCAGCGAGCGGAUCUUCCUCCACGACGCCACGGCCUCUUCGGCCGGGCUGGCCUCCACGGCGCAGACCAGCUCCACCCCUGUGGCCAAAGCCGCCGGGCGCUGCGUGAAGGGAACACCUCUCAGCCCCAAGAAAGACGGAGGCAAAGGGAAAGAAAGGAAGGAUCUCAGCAAGAAGAAGAAAAGCAAAGAAGGCCCCUUCUGCUCUUCUUCCUCCUCCUCCUCGUCUUCCUCGUCCUCGUCCUCUUCCCUCUCGCCUCCGGGCAUUGCCAGCUCCAUGCCUGAUGCCCGAGGCAGCCUGACCAGCUCCCUGGGCUCCAGCAAGAAAAGCAAAACCAAGGCCAAAGCCAAAGAAGUGAAGAAAGAGAACCGAGGGAAAGGAGGCGCCGUCAGCAAACUGAUGGAGAGCAUGGCUGCCGAAGAGGAUUUUGAGCCCAACCAGGACAGCAGCUUCUCGGAGGAUGAGAAUGUGCCGCUCAGUUUGCUCCUGGAGAGGCCGCUGACUCCAGCCCCCCGUUCUUGCAUCAUCGACAAAGACGAACUGAAGGAUGGUUUGAGAGUCCUCAUCCCCAUGGAUGACAAGCUCCUCUACGCUGGCCACGUGAAGACCGUCCACUCUCCUGACAUAUACCGAGUCGUGGUGGAAGGAGAGCGAGGAAACCGACCCCACAUUUAUUGUCUGGAGCAGCUACUGCAGGAGGCAAUCAUUGAUGUGAAACCUCCUUCGGUGCGAUUCCUUCCGGAAGGCACACGAAUCGCCGCCUACUGGAGCCAGCAGUAUCGUUGCCUCUACCCAGGGACAGUUGUACGAGGUGCUCAUGAUCAGGAGGAAGACGGGGAUCUGAUAACAGUGGAGUUCGAUGAUGGCGACACCGGCCGGAUUCCCUUGUCCCACAUCCGGCUCCUUCCGCCAGAUUACAAGAUCCAGUGUGCUGAGCCAUCUCCCGCCCUCCUGGUGCCCAGCACAAAACGCCGCAGCCGCAAGUCCAGCAAGGAUACCGGGGAAGGGAAGGAGGGCAGUGGCACAGGGUCUGAGGAGCCAGCGGCGUCCAAAGGCAAAGGGCGUGGGAGAAAACCAAGCACCAAACAGAAAGCUGAAGAUACCGUCCUCAAGGAAGAAGCAAGCCAGGGGGAAGCUUCAACAAGCCCAUCCCUCGUGCCAGAGAAGCCCGUUUGCCUUAGCAAGCAAAGCGCAAAAGGCUCAAAGAAAGCACAGCAGGUCCCCAGCAGGACCUCCUCCCAGACAGAAGAAAAACGUCACAGCAAAGGCAGCAAAGUGAAGCUCUCCUCCAAGGUGCCCGGCCCGGCCCAGCCCGCCUUCCAGCCUCCGGCGUUCAGCAACACCCGGGGGGACGAGCCCUAUGCUGAGAUCCAGGGCGUCCUGGGGGCCUUCAGCUCUUCGGACACCUCCUCUGGCAAAGCCCGGUCCAAGAAGGAGAAAUCUGCAGAGGAGUCGCCAGAGUUUGGGUCGGCGGCCAAAGCCCAGAGGAAGAUCCCCGACAGCGAUAUCCUCAUCAAGCUGGACCACGAAGGAGUGAUGUCUCCCAAAACCAAGAAGACGAAGGAGGCCAUGCGGAUGCUGGGCAGCUCCAGCCUGGCCGGCAGGAGGGAGACCAAAAACAUCCUGGGGCUCAGCUACACCCCCGUGGCUGACGCCAAGCGGCAGAAAGCGUCCAGGGCCAAGGGGGCCGGCGGCGAAUCUCCGGCCCCGAACUUUGGGGGGAAGUUUAGUGGCUCCGGAGAGAACUCUGCGAAGCAGCAAGAGGACAAGGCGCAGGCCGGGCCGGCAGGAGACGAGUCGGAAAGCAACAGCAGUGGCAGCAGCUCUGAUUCGGAAGGGGAGGAGGAGGCGGAGAAGAACGGAGGCGGGGCCCCCGACAGCAGCUCGGCCAGCUCGAGGGCCUCCACGCCUGUCUCCUCCUCCAACUCCUCGUCCUCCUCUUCUUCCAGCAGCUCCAGCUCGUCCUCUUCCUCCUCCUCGUCCUCCACUUCUUCCUCCUCGUCCUCCAGCUCCAGCUCUUCCUCCUCUUCGUCGUCGUCUUCCUCCGCCACGGAUGAAGACUCCUCCUGCAGCUCGGACGACGAGGCGGCCGAAUCCCAGACGGGGGCCUCUUCCGCCCAGCAGACCCUCCCCGCCAAGGCGGCCAAGCAAGCGGGGAAAUCUCGCUCAGCCGCAAACCCCCAAAACCCCAAGCAGGAGCAGCAAGCGGCGCAGAAACAGCAGCAACAGCAACAGCAGGCGGGGGGCAAGACCCGCCCCAAGAAGCGCGAGGGGAUCCAUCUGCCCACCACCAAGGAGCUGGCCAAGCGGCAGAGGCUGCCCUCCGUGGAGAACCGGCCCAAGAUUGCGGCCUUCCUGCCUGCGAGGCAGCUCUGGAAGUGGUUUGGGAAGCCCACCCAGAGGCGUGGGAUGAAGGGGAAAGCCCGGAAGCUCUUCUACAAGGCCAUUGUCCGCGGAAAGGAGAUCAUCCGCAUCGGAGACUGCGCCGUCUUCCUGUCGGCGGGCCGCCCCAACCUGCCCUACAUCGGCCGCAUCCAGAGCAUGUGGGAAUCCUGGGGGAACAACAUGGUUGUCCGAGUGAAAUGGUUUUACCACCCGGAAGAAACCAACCCUGGGAAGAAGCUCAACGAAGGCAAGCGCUGGGAUCAGAAAUCCAGCAGGAGCCUUUCGACCGCUCUCCAGGCCUCCAGCCAGAGGAAGGACUUCAUGGAGCGAGCGCUGUACCAGUCCUCGCACGUGGACGAGAACGACGUCCAGACCAUCUCGCACAAGUGUCUGGUGGUUGACCUGGAGGAGUACGAGCAGAUGCUGAAGACCAAGAAGUACCAGGACAGCGAGGACCUCUACUACCUAGCGGGGACGUACGAGCCCACCACGGGCAUGAUCUUCAACACGGACGGGGUGCCGGUCAUCUGCUAACCGCUUCUGGGAAAGGGAAUUCCGGGAGGCACCCCGACACUCCCAAAGCAUUCGGAUCAAUACAGCCCACCCACCCCUGUCUGAGGGGGGGGGAGCAGAGUGGGGCAGAACAGAAGUUAAUGUGCCUGUUUCCGACGACAGCAUGAUUGUUUAAGCGCCCAGCCGCAUCGCGACAAGACAGGUUCCGGAAUACGAAAGAGGUUCGCCUUGCCCAAAGGGAUUUCCCGAAAUCAGCUGAGAUCCAACUGCAUUUCUCUCCUGCAGAAGAAGGGAACAGAUUUGCAGGAAAAGAAACGGCAGAUCAGAUUCUGCCCCUUGGCUUUGUGGCCACAACCCCUGAACUUUUCCCUCGGGUUCAGACUUCCAUAGGAUAUUUCAGGACACCGGUCGUGUGUUUUUUCUGGACUUUCCAAUUCCAAGGCGACCCGUCCCACCUUCCCUCGCCAACCGCCAACCGACUUUUGCCAGGUCAGGAAGGGGGCAAACCGUGCGUUGACUGCCAGUUAAGGAACACUUCGUUGUUGACUCUUUCGCCUCAAAGGACCUCCUCUCCGCUCUCUAGCAGGGAACUGAUACAGGGGAGCAGCCCUGAAAUCUCCGGUCGCAAGACGGGCAUUGGGUCUCUUGGGCGCAAAGAACUGUGGGCCGACAUCCCUCUUAGGUUACGAGGAGCUGAGCAGACGGGCGAGGAGAUAAGGUGCUGAACCAUUUUCACAGCAUGGGGAGAAACCCCCCCCUAUUUUUGGGCCAGCCCCACUUCUCCAACCAUGGGGGGUUGUCUCCCAAACAACAGCAUUUCCCUUCCUCGUGUAAGUUGAAUGUAAGUCGCUUGGAAACAUCAGAUAUUCUCUAAAUAAUAUUACACAGUUUGGGAGGAGAAGAAUCGUGUUUUGCUGCUGGUCAAUUUGCUGCUGCCUCUUCAGGAACCCAGAAAAACACUUUUUCCUCCUCCUAUUUUUCUUUUCUUUUUUACGUCUUCUGGACCCGCCUUCUGAAGAUGUCCACGCAGAAAGAGAUGCCUCAGCUCACCUCCCACCCCACUUCUCCGUGCCCCCCCCUUGGCACUACUUACGAAGGGCAAGGAGGAGACUGGCACUUGCAGAAACCUCACGUUUCCUCCCUCCCGCCCCCCGCAGGAUGGCGGGAUCCUGCGCUGAGCUAAGUGCGGACCCAGCACACGCUGAAUCAGAUUGUUUUCCUCCCCCAAAGUUUGUGAGUGUCCAUUAAUUCGCCCCUGGAUCUCUGCCAUUUUCCACCUCCCUUUCUGGGUCAACAGCUCUGGACUUCGCAGGGUAAAAAGCCCACUUUAAGUAGGGACGACCAGAGAGUAGGUUGGUUUUGAGGGACAGAGGCAGAGGACUUGAAUGACGACACAGUGUUUUUGCACUUAAGAAACCUCACACACUACAAGCCCAAGACGCCACGAUUGUUUCUGCCCUGAACAGAGUGUACAAUUCAAACACUACAGAGGGGAGUUACUUCACUUAACUCGGACAGAUGUAUUUUUUAAAAAACUACCUGGUACAAAGAGAAAUACCACAGAACCUGUAGCCACGGAGAGAGGCGCCAUCCCACCUCCCCAAAUUUUGCAAUCCCCUCCUUUUAAAGAACCACAGUGGUGCUCUACUGCCUGCCUUCUCCCGGCUUUCCGAAGACUUUGGUGGAUAAUAUUUCUAAAAGCAGCAUCAGUCACUCUGUACAGUUUUAACGUACCAAAAGACUCGUAAUGUGCCCCUUUCACACACACACUCACUCACACACACACACCAUCCCUGUAUUAUAAGCUCUUUAAACAAAACAAAACAAAACUUUAAAAACAGAGAAAGGAGAGGGGGGGAAAGAGAAGAAGCAAAAAUGGAUUCAACUUUUUAAUUAUAAAUAUAAAGUAUAAAUAUAUAAAUAUAUAUAAAUAUAUAAACUUUUUUUAAAAAAAACUGUGAAAAAAAAUUAUGAAAUUAUAAAAGCAAAACGCAGUCUGACAUUUAGAGUCUUAUUUUUUAUUUCCCGUUGGAUUGUGACUGUAAAAAAAGAAAGAGAAAGAAGAGAACACAGGGGAAACAGGAGAUCCAAAACGUUGCUUACACACGAACUGCGUACUGUAUCUGUGGAAGCAAACCUUGCGUGAGCAGAUGUUUGAAGAGAGAUGCAGAGAGAGAGAGAGAGAGAGAGAAAGAAAGAAAGAAAGAGAGAGAAAGAGA